AUGUUACACAGCAAUGAGCGUCAUGGGAAAAAAUUGAAACUCGAUGUUCAGACCUUGUUCUCUCCAUAUGCACAGGUGCAGGCCGUGGUCCAGAUAAUACUAGCCGGCUUGGGCUUGGCGCAGUUCUUCUGCGUCAUCGACUUCCUUCGUGAGCUGCCACUUCUACUCUACAUAAGGAUAUUGUAUUUUCACAACCCGAACCCUUGCGGCUUCCGGAUAAACAUCGGUCAGGCGGUGGACGGCGUGGCCGACCAAGCGUUCGUCCUGUUGACGCGCACCCCGCUGCCCUCCACCCGCACAUUCGUCAUCAACUGCUGCAGCGCGGUACUGAGUGCGUUGUGGAUCAUCACCAGUGGCAUCCUAAUGGCGAGUGGUGCAAGUGGGUCUAAAAGUAGAUUGGCGCGGUGGCCUUGGAUCCUGGUGACAUCGCUAGCCUCCGCUCUGGACGUGGUGGCAGCAAUCACUUUCAUCAACGACUCCUUUUACACUAGGACGCUGUCAGACGUGAUGUCGUACGUGGGCGGUUUGGUGAGCGGCGCUGGUAACGUGGAGCUGUCGACGGCGUGGGCGGCGUGGGUGAUGGCGGUGCUGUACUCCCGCUUCGUGGCGCUCUUCUUCCUCAAUCUUCUGCUCCUCGUGCUCGUGGUGAUAGACGGCAACCUGCAGAUGGCCAAGCGCUUUCCGGAAGUGGAAGCGCCGAUUGCCCUUUCUCCGACACCGCCUAUCAUCGCACCGCUGGCUCUGUCAACCAGCUCUAUCCAAGACGAGGAGGCCAGCUUGCCGAGCAUCGAACCCACAAAGAUUCCCCGACCUGGACUGAGCCAGUCGUUCCGCAGGAUGAAGCGACUGCUGUUCUACCGGGAAAGUUCCCCAGGCCUUCGGAGGGCGUCAGCACCCGACACCCUGGAUGCAUCACCCGAGAAAUCACCCCGCGCGCAGUUAGCUGACGACAAAAAGACGGUGAACUUCCCAGAGAAUCUGCUCUCGCUGCCGCAGAGGCUUGAGAACAUGAUAGCUGAGCAGCAGAGGCGGUUGGACAGGGCGGUGAUCGACACGUCGGGGCGGACUCCACCUCGCUCCUCUCAAUCCCUACCCCAACUGGCCACAGAAACGGACCGGCACCAACCUGAAGUGCACCGCGGGCGACGCGGCACCGCGGCCGAACUGCAGGGCCAAAUGCCCUGGGCGUACAUUCCGGCGUCAGCCCACCGCAUGCGGGACCAGUUGCCGAGCGACGAGGACCUACCGCCGGUCCCGCUGCCCGAUUACAACGCGAUACCGUCAUUUAGGAAAGCCUCCGUGCAUCGAGCUGCGUCGAGCCUAAGUUCCUUGACGCAGAAAAGGGAAUACCUAGCAGCCGCGGCGGCGGCGAUGGCGCGUCGUAAGUCGCCACUCACGCAGUCGGACGUUCUGUAC